AUGUCUUCUGACAAUCGUUGCAGGAGGCUUUCUGCGCAUGUCUUUCUUCUAUACUUUCCGUUCUCGCUACACUUCUGCAUUAGCAUUUGCAUAUCUGACAUGCAAUUAUUGUGCAGUUGCAGUUUAAAUUUCACUUGCCUCGCCAUUUGCAAUUCGUUUCGUUUGCGCCUUCUUUUGUGUCGGCAGUUUUUGUCAUUUUUGUUCCCACGCAUCUUUCUUUCUUUCUUCUUUUCAAAUUUAUAUUCUUUCUUUACACUUUUUUUUUUAUUUAGUUCUUCUUUCGUUCUGAGUUUGUGUCUUUCUUUCUUUCUUUUUUCUUUCUUUAUCUAUUUAGUCUUUCAAAUUUUAUUUUCCUUCUUUUGUAAUGGUACAUUAGUUGGUCUUUCUUUUUUAAAUUCCCUUAUUCCUUCUUUCUUUCUUUAUUUCAUUUUUUUCUCUUUAAAUUUCCUUCUUUCUUUCUUUAUUUCGUCUUUUCAAUUAUAUUUUCGUUCUUUCGCAAUGGUAAUUUGUUUUCUUUUCUCUUUAAAUUUCCUUCUUUCUUUCUUUCUUUCUUUUUUAAAUUUUAUUUUCCUUCUUUUGAAAUGUUACUUUAGUUUUUUCUCUUUAAAUUCCCUUCUUUCUUUCUUUAUUUCUUUCUUUUUUCUUUAUGUUUUUUGCUUUACUUUAUAUUUUUCUUCCCUUUUUAUGCCUUACUUUCUUUCAUCUUUUUUAAAUUACAUUAUGUUCUUUUUUAAUGUCUGUAUUUCUUUUAGCCUUUCUUUCUUUCUUUCUUUAUUUUCCUUCUGUCUUUUGUCCAUUCUUUCUUUCUUUCUUUCUUUCUUUCUUUCUUUCACUCUCUCGUCCUUUCUGUCCUCCUCUCAUUCUUUCUUUUUCCAUUCUUUCUUUAUUCUUCUUUUCUUUCAUCCUUUUUCUUUUCUGCUUUUUAGGUUCUUUUCUUUGUUUAUUCCGUUUCUUCUUUAUCCAUUCUCUAUUUUUUUUUCUUUCCUGUUAUUUUUUUGCUUUUUCAUGACCUCUAUUUUUUCUUUCUUUCUUUCUUUCUUUCUUUCUUUCUUUCUUUCUUUUAUUCCUUUUCUUUCAAUUUUUUUGUUUCUUCCAUUCUCUAUUUCUUUUUGUUUCUUUUUCAUUUAA